UAAGAUGCCAUUGUCUACACUCGAUAUACAAAAACCAGUAAUCUGUAUACCGAUUCAUUUCAUCAAAUUUACACCACCACCGUCUCCCUCUAUCAAAUCCAAACACAGCUUAAAACAAAGAGGACAAAACAAAGAAAUGGAAAUAUAAUUAGUAAAUUAUCAUCCACCUCCACCCCACCUCACCUUUGCUUUGGGGACUGCAAGUGCAAGCUUGCUUGCAAUCCUAAAGCUGUGCAUUCUGAAAUUUUGUAUAGCCCCAAGAAAUAUACUAUUUCCUCUUUUCUGUAUACAUAACAGUACUACCCACAACCCCAUAAACCAAAACACAUGCCCCUCAUCACCCUCUAUUUCCUAAUCACGACUACUUCUUCCUCCUAAGUUUUCUUCAACUUUCAUAUAAUUUUCACCUUUCUUGUAAGUUGUAUGUUUACUUGAUCUUGGCAGCUGAAAAAUCGAAGUUUUCUUAAGCACUCAUUCAGUUUUUUGCUUUUCUUGUAUGUUUUCUUGAUCUAGGCAGGUGAAAAAACCAGUGUUCUCUUCAACUUCAUUCGUUUUCACCUUUCUCGUAUGUUUUCUUGAUCUGGGCAGCUGAAAAAACUUGCAGAAAAUGAUAACUUUAUCAGAUUUUUAUCAUGUUAUGACUGCAGUGGUUCCACUCUAUGUGGCCAUGAUAUUAGCUUACGGUUCAGUAAAAUGGUGGAAGAUUUUCACGCCAGACCAGUGUUCAGGAAUCAACCGUUUUGUGGCACUCUUUGCAGUUCCACUGCUUUCUUUUCACUUCAUUGCUACAAAUAAUCCUUAUGAAAUGAACUUUCGUUUCAUUGCAGCUGAUACUCUUCAAAAGCUCAUUGUUCUUGCAGUUUUGGCUGUUUGGACUAAUAUAAGCAAUAGGGGUUGUUUGGAAUGGACAAUUACACUUUUCUCCUUGUCAUCUCUUCCAAAUACUCUUGUUAUGGGCAUUCCUUUGCUCAAGGGAAUGUAUGGAGAUUCUUCAGGGACUCUAAUGGUGCAAAUUGUUGUCCUUCAGUGCAUCAUUUGGUACACUUUGAUGCUGUUCUUGUUUGAAUACAGAGGUGCAAAGAUGUUGAUUUCACAGCAAUUUCCAGACACUGCCUGCUCAAUUGUCUCCAUCCAUGUUGAUUCCGAUGUCAUGUCAUUAGACGGUAGACAGAUUCUUGAAACUGAGGCAGAAAUUAAAGAAGAUGGGAAACUUCACGUCACUGUUAGAAAAUCCAAUGCCUCAAGAUCAGAUAUUUUCUCAAGAAGAUCAAUGGGUUUUUCAUCAAAUACUCCAAGGCCAUCAAAUCUAACAAAUGCAGAGAUUUAUUCAUUGCAGUCUUCAAGAAACCCUACUCCAAGAGGAUCUAGUUUUAAUCAUACAGAUUUUUAUUCCAUGAUGGGGGGUGGGAGGAAUUCGAACUUUGGAGCAAAUGACGUUUAUGGCCUGACAUCAUCAAGAGGGCCAACUCCAAGAACCUCAAAUUUUGAGGAGGAAAGCGUAAAUAAGUCCAGAUUCUAUCAUGGAAAUAAUACACAUUAUCCAGCACCAAAUCCUGGUAUGUUUUCACCAACUGGGUCAAAGCCAAAUAUAACCAAGAAACCAAAUGGGCAGCAAGAAGGUUCGAAGGAUCUUCAUAUGUUUGUAUGGAGUUCAAGUGCUUCUCCAGUUUCAGAUGCGUUUGGAGGUCCUGAUUAUGGAGCAUUAGACCAGUCUGCUAAUACUAAAGAAGUGAAAGUUUCUGCAUCUCCCGUGGAGAUUCAUAGAGAGAAUCAGGAAAAUUACUUGGAGAGAGAUGAAUUUAGCUUUGGAAAUAGAGUUGAGGAUAGAGAGAUAAACAACCAUCAAGGGGAGAAAGUUGGAGAGAACAAGGCCAAGGUGAUGCCUCCUACAAGUGUAAUGACAAAGCUUAUAUUAAUCAUGGUGUGGAGAAAACUCAUCAGAAAUCCCAACACUUAUUCAAGCUUAAUUGGGCUAACAUGGUCUCUAGUUUCAUUCAGGUGGCACGUUGAAAUGCCUGCAAUAAUAGCAAAAUCCAUUUCAAUACUGUCUGAUGCAGGACUUGGCAUGGCAAUGUUCAGUCUUGGACUGUUCAUGGCUUUGCAACCGAGGAUAAUAGCAUGUGGGAAUUCGGUGGCAGCUUUUGCAAUGGCCGUGAGAUUCCUUACAGGCCCAGCUGUCAUGGCAGCUGCUUCCAUUGCCGUUGGCCUUCGCGGCGUUCUAUUGCGUAUUGCCAUUGUGCAGGCAGCUCUACCACAAGGAAUUGUCCCCUUUGUCUUUGCCAAAGAGUACAAUGUACACCCUGAUAUUCUUAGCACUGGUGUGAUAUUCGGAAUGUUGAUCGCCUUACCCAUUACGCUUGUGUACUACAUUUUGUUGGGGCUAUGAAUGUGAUGUGUCGAUUCAAAGAUCGUAGAUUAGCAUCAAAGACUUGGACACCGAAACUUUUUAGAGCAAAAAUGAAGAUAUAAAAAUGAAUGGAUGAAUGGAAUUUUCUUUUGUAUUAAAGUUGUAAAAUCAUGUUUCAUGAGAAGAAAAAGAAGAUAUUCUCUAUCUCGUUGAUUAUUAUGAUGUUUUUAUUUUA